UGGCCACUGAAAAGGAGCUUUUUAAAUCAGUCAAAUUUCUCAUGAUCGCCGGUGGUAUUUGGAGAUUACAAACUGCCACGUCCUCGUCAGUUUCAUCUUGGGUCUAUACCAUUUAUUCAUACUCUAUUCAAGUAUUUUACAGUACCUUGGUAGUCUCGUUGGUAGUGGAAUUCGUCGUUCGCUAUCGCGCCAAUAAUAUGGAGGGAGCAAUUGAAAAUUUGUCGAAGACCAUAUUCGGGAUCCUUCUCAUGCUCAAGCUGCUUCUCUGUCAAUCUAACAAGUUAGUAAAUCUAACGAGAUCGGCAAUUAAAGAGGAAGAAGAGGUUUUUAAAAAAGACGACAAAGCAAUACAAACGAUAUAUAAGUCCCAUGUACGAUAUUCCUCCAAGAUAACUUACACCGUAGCGGUAUACUCGUUUUUGUUGGGAGGAUAUCUGAUAGAAAUAGGGAUUACCAAUAGCUACCUAUUUUACAAAGCGCACAAAGGAUUCAACGUAAGUCUCGAAAAACCACUUCCGAUGCCCCUCUGGUAUCCAUUCGACAGGAACAAAUACCAUGUUUGGGCUCUGGUGCAUCAGAUUGUCGAAGUUUUUCUCACCGCUUUAUACAGCGGAUCAGUGCAGGCAUUUACAAAUGCCGCCAUUAUAUUCGUACGAUCCCAGUUGAAAAUUCUACAAUAUCUCCUGGCCAAUUUUGAUGCAUACUCAGUGACGGAUGAAUUUCUGGAAGUAGAUGACGUUGGUUUACAUACGUUGAAAGUUUUCCUUAGAAGUCACCACAAGCUGAUUAUCUGGAUGGAAGAUUUGGACAAUUCAUUUAAAGAGUUGCUGCUAAUCGAAUAUAUCGUGUCUUCCUUAUUGCUUGCUGCGGUAAUCAUGCAAAUAUUCGCGGGAAAGGACGCGGUAUUUCAUACUAUCUACUUAAUGCUGAUAUUUCUUCAGCUUGUGGUUUUAGCUUGGAACGCUGACGAAGUUAAAGAACAGAGUGCCAAUUUGGCAAACGCCCUCUAUAACAGCAGUUGGUACAAACACAGUCAACAGGUAAAAGUUUUCAUUUUAGUUAUGAUGAUGAGAUGUCAGAAGCCACUAACACUGUCUAUCGGUCCUUUUGGUGCUAUGACUGCAGAUGCUGCAUUGUCGCGAGCAAAAUUAGCCUAUUCGUAUGUCUCGUUGAUGUCUGGGAACAGUCGAUAGUUCGAUAAAAAGCAAAUGUAAACGUUGUCCUGGUUUUAGAAUAAAAUAAAACUACUAGCAAAAUUAAACGUGAUUUUUUGUUUUUGAUUAUAAUCUAACGUUCCCUUGAUAAAGAAAAUGUUUAAGAUAAUCACGGCAAUUUAACCUGUUGUUUUAUUUCCUUUAUAUAUUAUUAAGUCGCUCCAAA